CUUCCGGAUGUCACUGAUGGUCCCGCCUACUUCUUGCACGCCACCGUCCCUUCUUCGAGAGUUCAUUUCUCCUGCCAGCAUCAGACUUCAGCCCUGCUAAGUUCUCGUCAGCUGUACGUAAAGGCAGGCCUCUUCCACAAACACCAUGUCCUCUGGAAACGCUAAGAUUGGCAAGCCUGCCCCAGACUUCACAGCCACAGCUGUAGUGGAUAGUCAGUUCAAGGAUAUCAAGCUGUCCAACUAUAGAGGAAAAUAUGUGGUCUUCUUCUUCUACCCCCUGGACUUUACGUUUGUGUGCCCCACUGAGAUCGUGGCUUUCAGUGACAGGGUAGAAGAGUUCCGCAGUAUUGGUUGUGAAGUGAUUGGCUGCUCUGUCGACUCCCACUUCAGCCACUUGGCAUGGAUCAACACACCAAGGAAGCAGGGAGGUCUGGGUAACAUGAAAAUCCCCCUGGUAGCUGACCUUACAAAGACUAUCGCUGCAGACUAUGGUGUCCUGAAGGAGGAUGAAGGCAUUGCAUACAGGGGGCUGUUUGUGAUAGACGACAAGGGUAUCUUGAGGCAGAUCACCAUCAAUGACUUGCCUGUGGGUCGCUCUGUGGAUGAAACCCUCCGUCUGGUCCAGGCCUUCCAGCACACUGAUAAGCAUGGAGAGGUCUGCCCUGCUGGCUGGAAACCAGGGAGUGACACCAUCAUUCCUGAUGUUGAGAAGAGCAGAGAGUUCUUUUCCAAGCAGUAAACAUAAAGAUCUUCUGUCUGACUUCCUAACAGUAGCACUUGCCUUCAGAUAAGAGGUGUCCCUGUGAAGCAGUAUCUCAUGGCGUCCAUCUAAUGUGUUAAAACCCCCAGAAAUGUCGGACAUUGUUCAAUAAAUCCUUUGAUUGGGUUUCUUCUUUUUGUAUGUCCAGUGUACAAUUGAUGGGACAACCUUAUAGUCUCGAGCACUGAAAGUUUAGUUUUAUUCCUUUUUUGUUUUGUUUUUCAGAAAAAGUAUUGUUUCCCCCCCUUUGCUGUCAAUCAUUUGCUAUCAUCUUUAUUAAAAGAGUGGGGAAAAUUGUGA